CGGGUUAAAGUCUCAGUGGUUUCCUGGUUGGAGCCAAAGGGCGUGUUUCUGUCAGGAGGAAGCUGUCAAGCGUUUGCUUUCCAAUCCAAGCCGAAUCGCCUGCUGUCUCCUACAGCACCUCGGCGGAGUGAAUCAGUCGCGGGACUGUCGGUCACGUCACUGACGGUUGCUCGUUUAAAAUAUUGCGUAACGAGCGAACAGCCGGUGGAUGCUCCUCUGCUCGCUGAUGGAGGGGCACGACUACGCAUCUAAAAACAUCUUAGCACUGCAUUAGGACACGGAAGAACUCAAAUCAUACAAAUGCGAGUCAUUCCAGCGGUCUGCCGUGCGUUUUAUUGAAGAGCGGGUUUCUAGGUUUGUGGAGGAGAAAAGGAGAAAGGAUGGCGGGCCCAGAUUCCCCGCAGCAGCAGCAGGUUGAGGAGAAAGCCGAGCAGAUUGACGACGCCGAGCUCGCCUUUCAGGGCAUCAAUAUGCUGCUCAAUAAUGGCUUUAGAGAAAGCGACGAGCUCUUCAGGAGAUACAGGACCCAUAGUCCACUGAUGAGCUUCGGUGCCAGUUUUGUCAGCUUCUUGAAUGCCAUGAUGACGUUCGAGGAGGAGAAAAUGCAGAUGGCGAGCGAUGACCUGAGGACUACUGAAAAGCUCUGUGAAAGCGAUAAUGCUGGCGUCAUCGAGACCAUCCGCAACAAAAUCAAGAAGAGCAUGGACUCAGGGAGAUCAGGAGUGGAGAUUGUGGAUCGUCUUCAGAGGCAGAUCAUCGUGGCUGAUUGUCAGGUUUAUCUAGCUGUGCUGUCAUUCGUCAAACAGGAGCUCUCAGCAUACAUCAAAGGAGGCUGGAUCCUCCGCAAGGCCUGGAAGAUGUACAACAAAUGCUACAGUGACAUCAGUCAGCUUCAAGAAGCCUGUCGCAGACGCUCCUCUGACCAGCAGGGGGCACUGGCCUCUGACCAGGCCAACCACAACACCUCGACCGGCAGCGGCGGACGGGUAACAGAUGAGGUUCUAGACCGCCUGAAAGGCUCAGUCAGUUUCGGCUAUGGGCUCUUUCACUUGUGUAUUUCUAUGGUGCCUCCACACCUGCUGAAGAUUGUGAACCUGCUGGGCUUCCCUGGAGAUCGACACCAGGGUCUGGCCUCUUUAGCGUAUGCCAGCGAGAGCAAGGACAUGAAGGCGCCCCUUGCCACUUUGGCUCUGUUAUGGUACCACACCGUGGUUCAACCGUUCUUCGCUUUAGAUGGCUCAGAUUCACGUGCUGGGCUCCUGGAGGCCAAAGCCAUCCUUCAGAAGAAGGCCAUGGUUUACCCAAACUCCUCUCUCUUCAUCUUCUUCAAGGGACGCGUGCAGAGAUUAGAGUGCCAAAUCAACAGUGCGCUGGCAUCAUUUCAGGAUGCUCUGGAGUUCGCCUCAGACCAAAGAGAGAUUCAACACGUGUGCCUCUAUGAAAUCGGAUGGUGCAGUAUGAUCGAAAUGAGUUUUGAAGAUGCCUUCAGGUCAUUCGAGCGGCUGAAGAACGAGUCCCGAUGGUCACAGUGUUAUUAUGCUUACCUCACCGGAGUAUGUCAGGGGGCUUCUGGAGAUCUGGAGGGAGCCAAGGGGGUUUUCCGAGACGUCCAGAAGCUUUUCAAACGCAAAAACAAUCAGAUUGAGCAGUUUGCAUUGAAAAGAGCAGAGAAACUGAGGAAAGUGUCUUUAACGCGAGAGCUGUGCAUCCUGGGAGUAGUGGAGGUGCUGUACUUAUGGAAAGCUCUUCCGAACUGCUCUUCCUCUAAACUCCAGCUUAUGAACCAAGUGCUGCAGGGGCUCGACGACCAGUCAAGCAUAGGCCUGAAACACCUGCUGCUCGGUGCUAUUCAGAAAUGCCUGGGAAACAUUAAAGACGCUCUGCAGUCAUUCCAGCUGGCAGCGCAGGAUGAAUACGGUCGUCUCAAUAACAGCUACGUUCAGCCCUAUGCCUGCUACGAGCUGGGCUGCGUCUUACUUGCUAAACCUGAGACUUUGAGUAAAGGAAGGUCAUUGCUGCUUCAGGCCAAGGAGAAUUACGCCGGUUACGACUUCGAGAACCGGCUGCACGUGCGAAUCCAUUCUGCCCUCGCCUCUAUAAAGGAAGUGGUCCCUCACUGACCCCGUCCCGCCUCAGAAGUGGACCGUACUUUGACUGCUCCUGUCCAGCACUUUGAGCCGAAAGCCAUCUGAAGCAAUCCUGCUUUCCUAGAGGCAGAAGCUGAACGUCAGCGGACUUUCAGAGGACGCGUUCGCCAAUAUUUUCAGCCUGGUAUUGAAGGAAAGUUCACUAUUCAUGUAGCCAUUGGUCCCAGUGACAUCUGAUUUUCACAUUUCCACCCACACCAUAGUGCAGAAAAACAAGGAUUUUGGAUCGAUCAGAAGUGCAGAAAAGUGUAACGCUCACAAAGAAACACGAUAUAGCGAGUAGAUCAAUUGUUAGAUCCUUUCCCAUAGCUUGCGCAGUCAUACUAAACACAUUAGCAUGGGGAUAGACCUGUACGUUAGAUGACGGUAACGCAUAAACAUGAAAUAUAUAUUGUGUAACCCUUUAUCUCAAAGAAAUAAUAUCCAAACUUACCUGUAUGUCAAAUCAAGAUUGUAUGCGCCGUAGUAAAGUCUAGAGAAGUGAUCGACUGAUAUGAGACUUGAAUAAAUUAAUAAGUCCAAUUUGCAUAAAUAACGAGUUCAAUCAAUGAUAUAGAGAGCUGGAAAUAACAUUUGUACAUUUAUUAUUGGUAACAUCUUAUAAUACAGUUGUUCUUUACACAUUACAUUUAAGUAUUAUAGUAAUUACAUUUUUUUAUAAAUGCAUCAAUGCCACAAAUGCAUAGUAAUAUUACUAGCACUUAAUGGUAAAGUUACAAUAAAGCUAUAUAUAGGCACAAUCUCUUGGUAAAAGGGGAUACAUGUAUGUGUUAAAAUAUAACAUUUUACACUAUAUAUAUAUAUAUAUAUAUAUAUAUAUAUAUAUAUAUAUAUAUUUAUAUUUAUAUAAU